CAUGUAGUUUUAAUUAAAACCAGUUUUAACUAAAAGUCAUUUGUUGAGACAGAACAGAAAGUCCUCGCACUUUCAGUCCACAGAACUAUGCAGCACAGACAUCACCCACAGGCAUUGGGUGUAAGCUGAAAUUAUCACACACAGAUUAAACAUUUACCCCAGUGUAUCUCAAGGGGAGGAGCCCGGGAGGAGUCUCUCCGUGGAAUCAAAAUAAAUAUUUGGACAGACAGUGCUCCCACUGUGGCCAAACUGUGGCACAUGAUGGGAAAGAAACACACCAUGAAAUCAAGCAGAGGUUUGGUGGCUGACGGUGGUUUGAGAGAGAGAUUUACAUUUAAUCCUAAAGAGGGAAUAGACAACCCAGUGAUGGUCAUCACAGAUGAUGCAGACUCUGUGUGGACGCCAAUCCCACGCUCGUGUAUCCUUAAACGUGAGGAUGGCGAGUUCUACGGCUUCCAUCUGCGUGUGGAGAGGGGCCGUCAGGGACACAUAAUUAGAAAUGUGGUGUCGGGUGGGGUCGCAGAGCGUAGCGGCCUUCGAGAUGGAGACAGACUGCUAGAAGUUAACAACUGCUAUAUUGAUGAUGUUCCUCACCCUGAGGUGGCUAGGAAGAUAAAGAUAAGCAGACACCAGUUGUGUUUAUUAGUGCUGGAUGGAGAGGAUUAUGAACGGGCUGUGUCCCGAGGUCAGGACCUGAAGCGUCUGGCCCACAUGGAUGAGAGCUGCAAACCACCCAGGCUUUGUCACAUCACCAGGGAUCCUGUUUCAGGUCUGGGCAUCACCGUUACUCCUUUGGAAGGAGAGAAAGGACGCUUUGUAGUGAACCCAGUGGCAGGAGGUGCAGCUGAAAAGGCAGCGGUGUGCAAGGGAGAUCGCCUGGUGUGGAUAAAUGGAGCGAUGGUGUCCGAUCUCACACACUUUGCGCUCAGCAAAAUGAUGAAGAAAUGUGGUGAUCACAUCACCAUCUUAGUGAUCGACAGUGAGACUGAAAAGAAGUACACGCAAAGGAGGCUCCCCAUCCUGCCCACCAUGGCUACCCCUCAUCAGCUACCUUAUAGAGCCCGAACACUCCACCUGAUCUCUGUGUCUGAGAGCUUUGGUUUUCUUCUACGGCUGGAGAAAGCGCCAUCAGGACGCACAUAUCACAUUCUGCGUGAAAUGACCAGAGGCAGUCCUGCAGAGAGGGCGGGUGUGAGGGAUGGAGAGCUGCUGCUGGAGGUCAACGGCGAGUCAGUGGAGUCACUGAAGCAUGAGGAGGUUGUGGACAGAGUGAAGCUGAGCGGACGAGAGGUCUAUCUCACCACCAUCACUCCCAAGGGGCUAGAGUUUUAUACACAGCUGGGUCUGUCUCCGCUUCUUUUCUGUGAGGAUGAUGCAGCUGAUGAAGGAAAGGAGAGCAGUGUGCCGACUUCUGCAGAGGAGAAUUCACCACCAAAGGAAAUGGAUGUCUCAAGUAAUCUUAGACUCUGCUCUCUCCAGAAAGGCCCUUUGGGAUUUGGUUUUAAAUUAGGCUGCGACCCACAGAGUCCUGGGACUUUCAUCAGUCAGGUUGCUUCUGGGGGUCCUGGGCAGAGUGCUGGACUGCUUGUGGGUGACAUAGUGGAGGAAGUCAAUGGACAAAGUGUGGAAGAAAAACCUCUGGAAGAUGUGACUAUGCUUGUGGAAGAAGGAGGGCAUAUUCUUUCAUUGCUAGUCACACAUAAGACAUGCUACAACAAGAUGGAAAAGACUGAAACACCCAGCAAAGAUGUCACUCGCGCAGAGGAGGAAGAAGAUUACGAGAUAUCAGCUUUGUGAGAGGAACAGAUAUAAAUCUCGGAAGACAUUUCCCAGCACGAUGCUCCCACUCAAGAAUUCCAGGAUUUUAAUCCUUGCCAACAUUUCAAAACACAACUUCACUUAAGAUAGGAUGCAAUCAAACUACUUUAAUGCUACUUUGUUAAACAACAUGUGACUGAUCAAAUUCUCCCAUCACAGGCAAGAUUUUUAAAAGCCUGAAAACAGACCAGAUGCAAGUCCUAGAACUCUCUCAGAUGACAUAACCCUUUAAAGACAUUUGUAUCAUAUUUGAUACAUUUAAUAGUUUUUGUGACUUCUACAUGAUCGGUGUGAUCUUUUCCCCCUGAAAAAGCAAAAUGAAUUACGCAAAACAUUCUUGAGCAAUAAUUAAAAAACCAAAAAGGUGUAGCAAAUAUUAUGCAAUUAAAUCAAUUUCAUCAACACUCCAAUAAAAAAAACAAUGAUGUUCAGGCUUUAUUAAUAACGCUAUGAGGAAAAAAAAUCACACUUUUGUUGUGUGGCUUACCUUUUCAUAACAGCUGAAUUCUCCAGAACAGUCCCACAUAUACAAAAUGCAUAAAAGUAGAAACACAAGUCAAACUACAGUAAUAUGCACAUUUUAUUGUAUUUUUUCUAAAACAACGUUUAUCUGAAAAUGUAAUUUACAUCAGUGACAACACACUUGGAGUGCAGAGGAUGCUUUUUUAGUGCCUAUGUAAUAAAUUGCACAGACAAAAACAUAAAACACAGAAAAUGAAAAUAAUAAUGAAGUUUCCAGUGAUUGUCUCCUUUGAGACUAUAAUUCCCAACUUUGUACAUCUACAAAAAUUCUUUAGUCUAAAUUUUCAGCUUUCCUCCUUCCAGCUCACUCAUCUUCAUAAUGUUUGACGAUGUAGUCGUUAGUUUGUUACAAAGCUGCUACUUUUUUUUUUUUUUAAAGAAAAUAAAAUCCUGGAGACUUUGUUUUGCAGUAAAACACAA